ACCUGCCCUCUUGGUUGACACCAACCCACUAACUAAAGACAUGAGAGUACUGCUACGACUAGUACCGAUCGUGUCUUGCUGAUUUAUGUUGGUCGGUGGCCAGAUUUGGUGAUUCUUUGAUUUCAUCUUAUUGUAUUGUCCCAAGUCCAAUGCCAUUAUUGGAUGGCGAUUGUACUAUAAUUGUUCUAAUCCCGUCUUCUUUCAAGUGUUCUCUUACAAAAGAAAUGUGGGGAGGUGGUCAGUUGCGAAUCCCCCUUUUCUUUCCUUUUCUUUUCUCUUCUUUUAUAGACAACGACGCAGCCCCUCUUUUUUUGUAGAAUGUCUUUCUGUUAAAAAAGAUGGAAAAAAAAAAAUAAGUCCCAUCUUAGGACUGCAGCCAUUCAUUUUAUUGAUACCCUCAUGUUAUGUUUAUAUAGUAAUAGUCGCUUAAAUUUUAUAUGCUCCUCUUCAUUAUUCGUGAUUAUAUUUCUAGUAAGAAAUUUUGACUCUACUAUUUUCUCAUCAAAUAAAAAUGAGCACUUUGACUUUGACGUCUUAUUUAUCUUUAUAUCUGACGCGUCAAUGAAUAAGUGGGAUUGAAUCCUCUACGUGGCAUCUCUGGUCGCUCUUGUUUCCUUGGUGAUCUCAGAAUCUGAAUCAUAAAAUAAAUCAUUUUCUGUGGUCUGUAAUUUCUGAAGCACCACUAUUUCUAAAUUAUCCACUCACCAUCACCAAAUCUGUGUACCCUUUUCUAAUUGUUUUUGUCAAAAUCAUAUGUAAUACAUUUUAAGCUCCAAUAUCAGCAACAGUAUGCCUGCAGCUGCCAAAACUGUAACCGCGACUCCUAAACUAAGCAAUUCUUGUUAUUUCCAUAGCUCUCCACAAUGGCAUUCUUCUUGUCGUGCCCAAAUGUUUGUCCCCAAAGCAUCCGCGGGGAAUUCUGGAAAAGGGAAGAAUAAGAAAACUAACACCAACACCCCACUUGAUGCUAUUGCUGAAAAUAAUAAACUAACGAAACAAUCAUCACCUCCACCACCACAACAACAACAACAGCAGCAAGUGUCUAUAAGUUUGGAUGAUGUGAACCCUGUGGGGUUGGGGAGGAAAUCUCGGCAGAUAUUUGAUGAAGUGUGGAGGAAGUUCUCUGGGUUGGGACAGAUAUCCAGAACUACCCGAGAUGAUGACAUGGAGACUUUGGAUGCACUUUUUGUACGAGAAGGUCCCAUGUGUGAGUUCACUACUCCUGGCGCUCAGAAUACUACUGUUCUUGUGGUUGGUGCCACAAGUCGUAUUGGCAGGAUCGUUGUGAGGAAGCUCAUGCUCAGAGGUUAUGCUGUUAAGGCUUUGGUGAGGAAAGCAGAUGAGGAAGUGGUGGACAUGCUUCCCAGGUCAGUGGAGAUAGUAAUUGGCGAUGUUGGGGAUCCUUCCACUCUUAAUGUUGCUGUGGAGAAUUGCAACAAAAUCAUUUAUUGUGCUACUGCUCGUUCUACCAUUACGGCUGAUCUUUAUAGAGUUGAUCAUCAAGGGGUUUACAACCUUACUAAAGCAUUUCAGGACUACAAUAAUAAAUUAGCACAAUUACGGGCAGGGAAAAGCAGCAAAAGCAAGCUUCUGCUUGCAAAGUUCAAAUCUGAAGAUUCAUUGAAUGGCUGGGAAGUUCGUCAAGGAACUUACUUCCAGGAUGUGGUUGCUUUAAAGUAUGAUGCAGGAAUGGAUGCUAGAUUUGAGUUCACUGAAACUGGACAGGCUGUUUUUUCAGGGUAUGUUUUCACCAGAGGAGGGUACGUUGAGCUGUCAAGGAAGCUUUCACUUCCUAUGGGUAGCACUCUUGACAGGUAUGAGGGUCUAGUUCUCUCUGUGGGUGGGAAUGGAAGAUCUUAUGUUUUAAUUCUUGAAGCCGGUCCUUCAGCAGAUACAACUCAAAGCAAAUUGUAUUUUGCAAGAUUUACCACGAAAGUAGGAUUUUGUCGGGUCAGGGUGCCAUUUUCAUCCUUCCGCCCUGUGAAACCAGAUGAUCCUCCAUUUGAUCCUUUCCUUGUACAUACAAUGACCAUAAGAUUUGAGCCCAGAAGACAGAAACCUGUUGAAGGACCUUCUGGUGCAAGGCAAGACCUUAGAACCUUUAAGCUUAUAUUGGAGUAUAUAAAAGCUUUGCCUACUGGGCAAGAAACAGACUUUGUUUUAGUAUCUUGUACAGGAUUAGGAGUAGAAUCUAGCAGACGGGAGCAGGUUCUUAAAUCCAAGAGGGCUGGGGAAGAUUUAUUGAGAAGAUCAGGUCUUGGCUAUACAAUCAUUCGCCCUGGUCCCCUACAGGAGGAACCUGGUGGGCAGCGUGCUCUCGUAUUUGAUCAAGGAAACAGGAUUACUCAGGGCAUCAGCUGUGCCGAUGUGGCUGAUAUAUGUGUGAAGGCCUUGCACGAUUCAACAGCAAGAAAUAAAAGCUUUGAUGUAUGCUAUGAAUAUGUUACCGAUCAAGGGAGAGAGUUAUAUGAGCUGGUUGCACAUUUGCCCGACAAAGCAAACAAUUAUUUGACACCAGCACUAUCUGUUCUAGAGAAAAAUACUUGAUCCCCAAAUUAACUAUUGUUUGUUACUUGUUCCUCUACUGAUUACAUAUUGUAAAGCUACCAACAGAGCAGAUCGUUCGCUAUUGUCAUGUUUUUUCGUUUUUUCUGUUUCUUAUACAGCUGAUGUUUUUGUUUCUAUAAUGUAAAUGCAUUUGCCAAAGGGAAAUAUGUAUGUAUCGUGAAUUAAAGGAAAAGAGUUGUGCCCUGUCUCAUUA